AAAAAGGAAAAAGAGAGAGAGAAAAAGGAAAGAGAAAGAGACAGAAAAAAAGAAGAAAACACAGAAACUCAUCGUGGUUCUUGACUGUUUUUUAUGUAUUGUUGUUGUUAUUGUUGUUGUUAUUAUUAUUAUUUACCCAUAUUGGAGGAUAGGAGAAGUCUAUAAGUGGGUUGCAAAAAAAAAAAAAAAAAAAGGAAUCUUCUUCACUCUAAAUCACUUUCUUUGCUGGACUGGGAUAUUAAAUAUACGACACAUCCAGGAGUUUAUUGGAGCGCAGACUGAUGGCGCAAAGGUACGAUGAGCUACCCCACUACGGCGGGAUGGACGGAGUAGGGGUGCCGGCGUCCAUGUACGGGGACCCCCACGCCCCCCGGCCGAUCCCCCCGGUGCACCACCUCAACCAUGGGCCGCCGCUCCACGCCGGACAGCACUACGGCGCCCACGCCCCGCACCCCAAUGUCAUGCCGGCCAGCAUGGGCUCCGCUGUCAACGACGCUCUGAAGCGGGACAAGGAUGCGAUCUACGGGCACCCGUUGUUCCCCCUCUUGGCUCUGGUCUUUGAGAAGUGCGAGCUGGCGACCUGCACGCCCCGGGAGCCCGGCGUGGCCGGCGGGGACGUCUGCUCCUCCGACUCCUUCAACGAGGACAUCGCCGUCUUCGCUAAACAGGUCCGCGCCGAAAAGCCACUUUUUUCUUCAAAUCCAGAACUGGACAAUUUGAUGAUCCAAGCAAUACAAGUACUAAGGUUUCAUCUUUUGGAAUUAGAAAAGGUUCAUGAAUUGUGUGAUAAUUUCUGCCAUCGGUACAUUAGUUGUUUGAAAGGAAAAAUGCCAAUAGACCUUGUUAUUGAUGAAAGGGAUGGCAGCUCCAAAUCAGACCAUGAAGAACUCUCAGGAUCUUCCACAAAUUUAGCCGAUCAUAAUCCUUCAUCUUGGAGAGACCACGAUGAUGCAACCUCAACGCACUCAGCAGGCACACCAGGGCCCUCCAGCGGGGGCCACGCUUCCCAGAGUGGAGACAACAGCAGUGAGCAAGACUGCCAGCCAAAUGAACACUUUAGGAGGAGGUGCACAUAUAUGUCCACAGCACCCAGCGGGUUAAUCCACCCUACUGUGCAUAGGUGUUGGAGCUCUUAUGGUGAUGGUUUAGACAACAGUGUAGCCUCACCUGGUACAGGAGAUGACGAUGACCCAGACAAGGACAAAAAGCGUCAGAAGAAAAGAGGCAUUUUCCCCAAAGUAGCAACAAAUAUCAUGAGAGCAUGGCUUUUCCAGCAUCUCACACAUCCAUAUCCUUCAGAGGAGCAGAAGAAACAGUUAGCUCAAGACACGGGACUUACAAUUCUACAAGUAAACAACUGGUUUAUUAAUGCCAGAAGAAGAAUAGUACAGCCUAUGAUUGACCAGUCAAAUCGAGCAGGUUUUCUUCUUGAUCCUUCAGUGAGCCAAGGAGCAGCAUAUAGUCCAGAGGGUCAGCCGAUGGGAAGCUUUGUGUUGGAUGGUCAGCAGCACAUGGGAAUCCGGCCUGCAGGACCUAUGAGUGGAAUGGGCAUGAAUAUGGGCAUGGAUGGGCAAUGGCACUACAUGUAACCUUCAUCUUGUAAACCAGUCGCAAAGCAAGGGGGAAGUUUGCAAGGCAUGCCAGGGGACUACGUAUCUCAGGGUGGUCCAAUGGGUAUGAGUAUGGCACAGCCAAGUUACACUCCUCCCCAGAUGACCCCACACCCAACUCAAUUAAGACAUGGACCCCCAAUCCAUUCAUAUUUGCCAAGUCACCCCCAACACCCAGCCAUGAUGAUGCACGGAGGACCCCCUACCCACCCUGGAAUGACCAUGUCAGCACAGAGCCCCACAAUGUUAAAUUCUGUAGACCCCAGUGUUGGUGGACAGGUUAUGGACAUUCAUGCCCAAUAGUAUAAGGGAACUCAAGGGAAAAACAAAACAAAAACAAACAGAAACUAUUUUAAGACUUUUGAACUUUGACCAGAUGUUGACAAUACGAAAUUCCAGACAGCUGUGAUUAUUUUUUACUUUUUGUCAUUUUUCAUCAACAACAGAGGACCAAUGAAACAAGAACACAAAUGUGAAAUCAUGGGCUCGCUGAAAUGAAUAUGUCCAUGUACAGAUCCUCUGGAAAAAAAAAGACUCCAAGAGUUAUAACUACUGUAGUAUAAACAUAGGAACUAAGUUAACUUGUACAUUUCUGUUGAUCACUCCGUUACGUUGCCUCAAAUAGUUUUAGAAGAAAAAAAAUCCUUGUUUUCCACACUAUGUGUGUUGUUCCCAAAAGAAUGACUGUUUUGGUUCAGCAGUGAAGUCACUAUCCAUGAAAGACCUGUUUUGGCCAGUGAGAAAAGAACUACCCUGGAGAUGAAGAUGAAAAGUCUUGCUGGGUCUCUCAUCACUCAGAAGACUGUUCCAAGAAGGCCUUGUCAUUCCCUCAUUUUAUUCCUUCAUAAAAUGUGUCCUUUAGUUUCAAACAGAUCUUUAUAGUUUGUGCUUCAUUAAGUCUCUCCCCAUUCCUCCCAAUCUAUUUUUUUUUUUUUUUUUUUGGACUCUUCUUCAAAGAGCUUGCAGGUGAAGAUUUAAAAGACAGAACAGACAGAGCAGAAGCUUCUUCCAGUAGUUCUGAGCCUUGGCUUUGGACAAAACAAAACUAAAAGUUGGGCAGCUUUCCUCAAUGAAAGAAGUUACUAACGGUCUUUGCACCAAACCUAGGACUUUAUCAUGAACUCAAAGCUUGGGAAAAAAAAAAGCAAGAGAAUACUGUAACAAACUUCGUACAGAGUUCGGUCUAUUAAUUGUUUCAUGUUAGAUAUUCUAUGUGUUUACCUCAAUUGAAAAAAAAAAGAAUGUUUUUGCUAGUAUCAGAUCUGCUGUGGAAUUGGUAUUGUAUGUCCAUGAAUUCUUCCUUUCUCAGCACGUGUUCCUCACUAGAAGAAAAUGCUGUUACCUUUAAGCUUUGUCAAAAUUUACAUUAAAAUACUUGUAUGAGGACUGUGACGUUAUGUUUUAAAAAGAAAAAAAAAGGUGUUAAGUCACAAAAUGCGGUAAUAAAUAUUUCAUUUUUGA